UUCUACAUUAUAACUAUUUAUGUCAAACCUUACUAACUACUAUAAUUUAUAUCUUUGAUGUAAUCAAUAUAAUUUUCCAAAGAUAUGUCAAUUACUCAAACGUGAUGCAAACAAAUAUCUAACAGAAAUAUAAAUAAAUUUUAUGUGAUGUAGAUAGUCUUACAAAAUAGUCAUUGCUUGAACAAGAGUAUAGUAUACAAAUUUAUAGAACCAUUAUUGGGCGAGGGAAUACUCACAGCUCCGGGUAAGGAAGAUUUAUAUAAGAACAAAGUUUAAUUAAUUAAAUGUAAUCAUUACAUUUACACAAAAUAUAUAAAUAAUCGCUUGAAACUUUCAUAACAUAACUUGUAUUUCUAAUCAUACAAUACUUCUAUUUCCAUUUUUGCAGUACUACAAUUUUUUUAAUGCGGCAUUUCUUAUUAAUAUUUUUUUAAUAUUAUGUUUUAAUAUGAUUCAUUUUCUUUUUCUUUAUUAUCUUUCUGUAAUAUUUAUUUUAGUAUCUAAAUGGCGUCAACAACGAAAAAUGAUACUGCCAAUUAUUAAUAAAAAUAUGUUACGGAGAUUUUUUGAUAUAUUCGUUGAACAAUCUUUAAUAUUAACGGACAAAUUAGAAAAUGUAGCGCUAAAUAAGAGCGAGAUUUUCUUUUUUGAAUAUAUAUCGGAGCGUAUUUUGUGUACUUCAUGUGCUACUUUGAUGGACAUCAAAUUAGAAACAUCAUCAAUCAGUCAAUUCCUCGAAGCAAUGGAAAGAAUAGAUAAAACGCUUUAUGAUAUUCUGAUGGGAUCAUCUCAAAAAGAAAAAUUCGUGCAAGAUGAUUUCACGAAGGUGCUUUAUAAUAACACAAUUUUCAUGUUAUUAGCGACCAGUGAAACAAACGCUAUCACUUUGAAUUUUUUGACCUUUGUAUUAGCAAAUUUCUCAGAGAUACAAGAAAAAGUGUAUAAAGAAUUAUUGGAAAUUUACGGAACCAAAACUCCAAAAGCAACCCCAAUAAAAUACGAAGAUUUACAACGUAUGAAUUAUUUGGAAAAUGUUAUCAAGGAAACUAUGAGAUUAUUUCCUGUUGUUCCGCUAAUUGCGCGAGAACUAACUGAGGAUUUAAACAUAGGAGAGAUUAUCUUACCCAAAGGCGCUGAUGUUAUUCUACAAUUAAUGACGAUGCACCGAAACGAAAAGUAUUGGCCCAAUCCGUUAGUAUUCGAUCCGGACAGAUUCCUUCCUGAAAAUAUAGGAACGUCUAAUUCAUCUUACAUGCCGUUUAGUUUAGGACCCAGAAAUUGUAUAGGUAUGGAAUAUGCAAUGAUUUCGUUGAAAGUUUUUCUAUCAACUUUGGUACGAACAUUCGUAUUUAAAAUAGAUAAAAGCAUUCCGAUAGAUGAAAUUAAAUUUAAUUAUGGCGUGAUGCUAAAUUUUGCUGAACCUAUAAAAAUCAGAAUUGAAAAACGAGAUCUAGAUUGAAACAGUCUAGGAAUAUACUUGUUGAAAGAUAUUCUAAUAUUUUUUUGUACUAUGAUGUUUCUCUUGUAUAUAAAGUACUAUAUAUAUGUAUAAUAUAGUAAACAAAGAAGAGCAUAUAUCUAUAACUGUACUAUACAAUAUUUGAAUGCAAUUUGAAUACAAUUUUGAAUAUUUUGUAAUACGUAAGAUAUUAGAUAAGGUAUUAGAUCGUAGUUUGAAUUUUUUGCAUAUUAUAAAAAGUUCUAUAUUGCUCUUCAACGGAUUAUAGCAACUAAUAUUUUUUGUCAUACAUAAAAAAAUA